UAAAAUAAUAUGAAAAUAAUAUUAUUAUUAGGCUUAUUUUAUUUGUCGGUAAAUGGACUGCCAUUUUCCGAUGAACCUGGUAAAACAUGGGUAGUAUUAUGCGCCGGAUGGAAAGGUUACCAAGGCGGUGGUUAUAGUAUACAGGCAAACGUGUACCAUGCUUACCAAGUAAUCCAUGCUCAAGGUAUCCCCGAUGAGAAUAUAAUAGUCAUGCACUACGACGACCUGGCUUACCAUAAAUCAAACCCUACACCCGGUAUAGUCGUACAAAAAGUGAACGGCACUGAUGUCUAUAAGGGGGUACCCAAGGACUACACGGGCGAUGAAGUCACGCCUAAAAACUUUUUAGGUGUACUUAAAGGGGACCCGGAAUUAGUCAAAAAGGGUAAACGUGUGGUGAAUAGUGGACCCAAUGAUAACGUGUUUGUAUAUUUCAUUGACCAUGGUGGUCCUGAUAUAGUGUCGUUCCCGCGGGGAUACCUAUACGGGGAGGAACUGGUGGCUGCGCUCAAGGAUAUGCACCAAAGCAAGCGAUUUGCGAAACUAGUGUUUUAUUUAGAGGCGUGUGAAUCGGGGUCCAUGUUCAAACUACUGCCGACUGACAUAAAUGUUUACGCGAUAACCUCAUCCAAUGCUACUGAACUGAGCUGGGAGUGUGACUGGGACGAGUCCCGUAAAGUGUACCUGGGUGGUUAUUUUGCCUUUAGCUGGUUGGACGACUGCGAGCACCGGGAUCUGCAAAAGGAGUCCCUUCAGGAGCAGUUUGAUCACAUGAAAAAACAGUUGGAUAUCCCGGGUCCCGACCCCCAAAAGGAGCCUCACCAACAGCACCCGAUGCAAUUUGGGGACCUGUCCAUCACUAAGUUACCUGCCUCACAGUUUUUAGGAUAUAAAAAAGUCAAUGAAAAGAUUAAUAAGGAGCCGUUGGAUAUGAAAAUGCAUCAAGCACAAAUUGAGACCACACAUGAAAUUGAGUAUACUCAAGAAUUACAGAAUUUAAUACUAUUCCGCGAAUACGUGGAUAACGUGUUCAAUGAAUACGUGAAUAGUAUUCAACACUUAAUGCCAAACAUCGCAACCAAUGCUAUACUCCAUACGAAACAAGAGCUCAAUAAUAGACACUGUUAUCGACAACUGGUCGACACUUUCCACCAAAACUGCUUUAAUUUGAAUCAAUUUGCACUUUUCGCACAGACUGAUACUGGUUCAAUGUUUGAGAAAUUGCUACGAAAUGAUCUCAAUAUUUAUGUGACAACAUCAGCAAAACCCGAUGAACUGAGCUCGGCCACCUAUUAUGAUAUACUCAGAAAGACCUACCUUGGUGAUUGUUAUAGCGUUGCCUUGAUAGAAAAUAGUGAAACCCAAGAUUUAGAUAUAGAGACUCUACAGGCUCAGUUUGAGUAUAUCAGCAAAAAUGUAAACACCUCUACACCGCAGCAAUAUGGUGAUGUUUCAAUUGCUAAAUUACCAGUGUCACAAUUUAUUGGUUAUAAGCCCACAGGUUAUAUACAAAGUAAACCGGUAUAUAUUAAUGAUGGUGAUAUGGAAGUGGUGAAUCCAAGAGAUAUACCGGUGCUAUUGGCACAGAAAAAUAUUGCCACCACUAAUGAUAUCAAUGAGAAACAAAGGUAUGUCGAAAAGUUGGAGACUAUACUGAAAGGUCGCAAAUACAUGGAUAACGUGUUGUAUGAAUACGUGAAUAGUAUUCAACACUUCAUACCAAACAUCGCAACCAAUGCUAUACUCCAUACGAAACAAGAGCUCAAUAAUAGACACUGUUAUCGACAACUGGUCGACACUUUCCAUCAAAACUGCUUUAAUUUGAAU